CUCCAGACAAAGGCUACAUAAACACAUUGACACUGGAUUGUUGAGAAGACUGGAAAGCUUCACUUUGUGGAAAAUAGACAAUCCUGAACUCCUAGGCUACUUUGGCUGUAAUUUGGAAAACUCUGAAGCAACUGGUGUGUGUUUGUAGGCUGAAUGGGCCUGGUUCUAAGCUGAGAGAUGUUUGUUUUGCCGCUGAGUUUGACAUCUGCUGCCCUUGGUGUGCAGAAGAAGUGAGUUUGGGAUGGAAAAGUGGAGCUGGCACGAAAAACACAUCUGCUCUUAGCUUCACGUCAUGGGGGGUUGCCAUAGUUACCCCUCCGCUACAAAGGCAGACAGCAAGACCCAACCUUCAGACAUCAGAAAUGAAAAAUUCGGAAUCAAUAACAAUAAUCAGGAGGAACAUCCGUAUCUGCAGCAGCAGAAUGUGUGCCAGCGGAUCACAUACGCAGACAUGUUUGCCCUCACAGCGCUGCCGCCUGGUGUUGACAGGGCAGAGUGGCUUGCCAGCAACACUGUGGCUUUUUUCAAGCAUAUAAACCUGUUCUUCAGUGCGCUGUCAGAGUUCUGUACUCCUUGCACCUGCCCAACUGCCAGUGGACCAGGCAACACGGUUUAUUUUUGGAUUGAUGAACAAGGCAGGAAGCUGAAGUGCUCCGCUCCACUUUACUUUGACUAUGCCAUGUCAUACAUUCAAGAUCUACUAACAGAUGAAGAUGUGUUUCCUACAAAAGCAGGUGCAGUGUUUCCCACCGGCUUCGUCUUUCUGGUCCAGAAGGUGUUUUUGCUGAUGUUCAGGACUCUGGCUCACAUUUACUGGUCUCAUUACAGUGAGACACUUGCAAUGGGCUUGCACCCACAUCUUAACACACUCUUCAGACACCUUACUCUCUUCUGCCGGCAGCACUCUCUCCUGGAGCCUGAAGACACCGCGCCACUGCAGGACCUCAUCAUUGCACUGGGACAGCAAGGAUGAACUCUGAGGACAAGCACAGAGUCUAAAACAUCAGAUUUCUCAUCUCUCGCUUAUUUAUUUGCAACAGCUUGGUAUUUGUUGCCACUCUGGGUCAAGUUGUAACUUAUAACACAGUAUGGAAUAUAACUGGCUGUUAAGUUACUGUGCAAUUUUUUAUUAAUUUUGUAUAUUGCAUGUUUGUUUUUUAAGAUGAUGGUGCAUUGUUCUGUUUUUUGUUUUUUUGUUUUUUAAAUAAGGUCAAUAUCUUCAACAUCAUCAAUGUCUUUGUCUGUGUAAGACAUUAAAAAGAAAGAAAUCUACUUAGCCAAACAGAGUUGGUGCCAUCUUUGUAUUCUGAAGAUCUGAUAACAAAGAAAAAGAAAAACAAUUAUGAAAUGUUGAUAAAUAACACUGUAUUAUCUUGCUGCAUGGAAACUUUUCUCCAUAUUUUCUAAUGAGUAUGUACUCUGUAAUAAACAUAUAUGACAUGUU